AAAAAAAACUUUAAAUUGGCUGCGAGGGAGCGUGUGGUGGUGGUGGGUGGGUGAGCUUGCGGAGGACGGAGCAGCUCACGCAACCAUCGAUUGAUCGAGAUAAAAAAACAGAAGCAGUGGCGAGCAAGUUGCCGGGGCAACGUAAAUAAAGAGGCGGGAAAUUAGCGCGCGUCUUCUCGGCCUGGGCUAAUUUCUUGUUUGCCAAGUGCGGUGGUUAAGUUUAUAUUGCUGCGGGUUUCGGGUGGCCGUGUGUGUGUGGGGGGUGGUGAGGGUUACGGUUCCGACCCAGCCACGCCGCAACACAACCGCCUUGUGGCGAACAUUAAUUUGCAACGCGUUGUCGGCUGCGUGUGCAUGUGUUGGGGGGUGGUGGGGGGGUUGGCAUCCUUAUUUUUUUCCUUUUCCCGUCUUUUUUUAUUAAAAAAAAUUGAAGAAGUCCAUCCCCACACGCCCACGACAAUGUCUUCGGACGUGAAGGAAGGCUUCUGUCGGCAGGAGUUGAACAAGACCGUGUGGGAGGUGCCGCGCAGAUACGUGAACCUCACUUCGGUGGGCUCCGGGGCUUACGGAUCGGUGUGCUCAUCGCUCGACACCAAGACGGGCAUGAAGGUGGCCGUGAAGAAGCUCUCGCGGCCUUUCCAGUCUGUCAUCCACGCCAAGCGGACGUACCGCGAGCUGCGACUGCUCAAGCACAUGAAGCAUGAGAACGUCAUUGGUCUAAUGGAUGUGUUCACCCCAAACUCGUCGCUGGAGGAAUUUGACGAUCUGUAUCUUGUGACAGAUCUGAUGGGCGCUGACCUCAACAACAUCGUGAAAUGUCAGAAACUUACAGAUGACCACGUGCAGUUCCUGGUUUAUCAGAUCCUUCGUGGGCUCAAGUACAUUCACUCAGCUGGGAUCAUUCACAGGGACCUGAAACCCAGCAAUUUGGCAGUGAAUGAAGACUGCGAGCUAAAAAUCCUUGACUUUGGGCUGGCGCGGCACGCGGACGACGAAAUGACGGGCUACGUCGCUACCCGCUGGUACCGUGCACCCGAGAUCAUGCUCAAUUGGAUGCACUACAACCAGACAGUCGACAUUUGGUCUGUGGGCUGCAUCAUGGCUGAAUUAUUGACGGGAAGGACGCUGUUCCCUGGCACAGAUCACAUCGAUCAGCUCAAGCUCAUUAUGCAGCUGGUCGGCACUCCAUCCCCGGAGCUGAUGCAGAAAAUCUCGUCCGAGUCUGCCAGAAACUACAUCCAGUCUUUGCCUUACACGCAAAAAAGAGACUUCAAGGAUGUGUUCCUGGGAGCCAACCCACUCGUGGUGGACCUGCUGGAGCGUAUGCUGGUGCUGGACACGGACCAGCGCAUCACGGCGGCGGAGGCCCUCGUGCACCAGUACUUUGCUCAGUACCACGACCCCGACGACGAGCCCGAGGCCGAGCCCUACGACCAGUCCUUCGAGAACCAGGAGUUUCCCGUAGAGGAGUGGCGGAGACUUACCUACGAGGAGGUCAUCAGCUUCGUGCCACCAGACCUUGAAGACCUCGACAUGAUGGAUGCGUGACGGCAAAUCCGCAAACAUGCACACACACGCUCGUGCACACUCACGCGCGCUCGUAAGCAUGCACAGCAUUCUAUCAAAACGGUCCAUCAUCCCGCAGCAGUUGGGUGGCAUCAUCACGACGGUGUCUCUUUAAGAAUAGGCUCCCUCAAAGUCCGGAUGCACAUACGCAGCGAAAAGGAUUACAGGGUAUGGUGUGUGGUAGUUUUAAGCAUGCUCUGACAGUUAAAAUUUAACCAUGGAGCAGACUUCCGUUUGGGAAAGUAAAGAGACCACGUGGCACGGUAAUGUCUCGUGUCCGAGAUUUAAAGGGACAUGUCCUGUGCAGUCCAUUUGUAGGCCAGCGCAGUGGUAAUUCGUGCUACCUUCACCCUUUGCUGCUGGCAAUUGCAUUCAGAAUAAAGGACAUUUUUUUGAACGUGCAAGUUUCAGUAUCCUUAAUAGAAGCGCCCAGUUCGGCUUUACGGGGGUGCAUCAAAAACUAAGAGUUUGCCCUUAGUUUACAGCCGUGAUGAGUGUUGCCUUACCGGCAGGGAUUGACUCGCUGCGGUAACCACCUUGGCCUAACCACCCCCCCCCCCCACCCCCGUGCUACAAGACAUGCACAGAGAGUACUGCAUAAAGUGCAUCAUCCAUAUGUUUGCCAUUGAGCGCUGCGCUACCUGUACCAAAAUGGGCAUGCACUUGCACGCGAUAAGCCGUGGCUGCAGCAGAAAGUAUGCUCGAACGCAAGUACACACAUACGCACACACAGUGUUCUCACUGGUAUAUUACUCGUGUCAAAGUUACAGACAAUCACAAAACCGUUUCCGCAGGCUGCAAUUAACCUCGAGUCAUCCUGAAUUUCACAUAUAUGUUAAAACCGAGAUGUUGUAAUAACAUGCCACUGAACAUGUGUACACCUGCUUACAUGUAUCGCAAUAUAUGAAUGGUAUCCUCGAACACCAGUGCAUAUUUUUAUGACAUUAGUAUUUGGAGAUGGGCUUUAAAAGUAAGCCGAGCAAUAGGAUUGUGUGACUUCUGUCUUUUUGAAAGUUUUGACAAUUGCUCAUGUGUGUGAAACUUCAGGUAAUUGCGAAAAAUGUUAAAACGAAAACACAACUGGUGUAUAAUUUCCAGUCGACUGGUAAAAGUGGUUGGGGUUUUUUCAAACUCUGCGUGUUCCUUGACACCAGGGUAUAUAUGUUGAACUCCUUUUGCACCGUACUUAGCCAAUCGUGCUAAUCGGAGGUGCGGUUGUACAAACACCAUUCCUCAAUUGUAUCGAACAUUCAAGUUGUCUUGUAGUUCUCCCCCUGUUGCCUCCUUGGAAAAAGCAACAAAGUCGCAAUAAGGAAUGCAGAUCACCAUGCGGCAGGCUUGCAGGUUGCCAGACAAGAACGUGUUCAAUUUUCUGGAAAUGGGGUGUCAGAAUUCUACUGCACCCUCAAUUUACGAAAAACUCUUGUGUCCUUUUUUCGUGGGAGUAAUGAGCAUGCUUGUUCCAUGCCUUUGACGAGCUUACAGGGACAGCUGUCAAAAACACCCACCUAUUAUCCCAGGAUGCUUUGCUUUAUAUACCACAUCACAAGUGCCUCUCUUUCCUGUAGACAGUGUCACGGCCAGUGUGUUGCCACUUUGAUGAGCCAUGUUUCGUCCUAUUUCAUCACAAAGCAGUGUUGCUUCAGUUUACAUAAUAUUGCUAGUUUCUAGCCCAAUGCGCCACAGCAAUAUGCCAUCACUCAGCAUUUGUCACCCGUCUUCGGCUUUUUUGUGUAUUUAUUUGACUUCCAAGCAGUGGGUAACACUGCUAUGUCUUACCAAUAGGCCAUAUAUCACAGCAUGUAUUGGGCCAUCUCCAGUUUGCAGCCUGCUAUCUAUUCACUCCUGGCCUUCCAUUCAAUGGAAAGGCAGGCAAAAAGUAAAAGCUGUCGCAUGCAGAAUUAUUUAUGUUUCAAAAUGGUCUUCACCCUUAAAGUGUAUAACACUUUGCUACUUUGGGGUAGACGUUAAUGCAUACUCGUGCAAAAAGGGGUUUAUUGUUUGAUCAGUAGCUCAUGGAUACGUGUGGGUUUUCUAUUUUGAAUGUGAAGUUAAUUCCUUUUCGUGCAGCAUGUUACAAUCAAGUGUUGUGUACUUCAUAGCUUGCAGUGAAGGAGCAUCGUCUUGUCGACCUCACAUCUCACUGCAGCAGUCUUCAGUUGUGUUGCAUCCGAGCAAGAAAGUGUGCGCUCUGUGACACAACGGGCAGCAAUUACAUUUCUGGAAAUGUAUUGGCCAUUUAUUAUUCAGGCUAUAUAAGUGUGUGUGUGUAGUUGCAGAAGCUGUUCAAGUGUACAUAUACACAAGUACGAAAAAUAAACCACAGAAUUGUCAGGAUAAAAUUCUUAAUGCAAAUGAUUAAUGGAUGGGCUUUUGUUCUGACCCCCUCUGUUGGUUUUAUUUUUUCCGCUUUUGCGUCAAAGACCUAUCAAGUGUAAUACUAUAUGCAUACACUGCACUGUAUACACACCGGGUCUGAUCUAUGUUGACAGAUUCCUUUCAGUGGUUUUAUUGGAGGGGGGGGGGGGGGUUACAUCGCCAAUGUCCCCUUUAACUAACAAUAGGGGAAAAUACCAUGGCAGUGUUUGGGCCGUUCAAUCAACACGUUAAUCAGACUCGUAAUGUUACGCAGUUUAUAAUAACGCGUGUGUCACAUAGGUUAAGGAAAAUCCACAAACUAUUAAUUUGUUUUUAAAAUGAAACGCACUGCAUUUUUGUGGAAUUGUGAACAUCAUGAACAUGAAGAGUCAAAACUUGUAUGAUGUGCUGAAAGUCUGUUGCCCCUGUUAGAACGAAGUUUCCACGUCUAGUGCGCUCGGAUGUCUUGCGUAUGUAUAAACUGCGCCAAGCAUCAGUCUCGCUAUACAGUAUGCAAAAUGCGUUUGUACAUAUACACGUACGUUUAACGUUUCUUUUUAGUGAUCUAUUUGCCUUUGGUUUCGGUUUAAAUGCGUCAUUUAUAUGCUCCGGAUGUUUGGCCGUUCGCCACUUUUAUACGCCACUGCUUACGAGUAUCGCCACGAGCAGAUUUUUUUGGGGGACGUGUCACUGCAGCCCCAAACCCCGAAAGAAGAAGUAAGCAAAGCUCACAUCAUCUCUGAUCUCCAGGGAAAGGGGAACCCCCCCCCCCCCUAUCAACUGAAACAAUGACUACGGAG